CUGGAGUCUGCCUACACUUAGCAGAAGAUUACAUUUUUUCGGCAUCAAAUACGUUAGGUACGAAACCAACGUUGAAGAUGUAAAGAAAGCAAUCGAAGAGGAAAUGGAGGGUCCAGGGCAGUAUCUAGGGUAUCGAGCAAUGCAGAGAAAAAUACGAGAGCAACAUAAAUUGGCUGUCCCUCGCAAUCUGGUCCAUGAUGUUAUGGGUAUGGUGGACCCCGAAGGACUGACUAGGCGAGGGAAUGUUGGUCAAAAAAAACGACAAAGAGGAGCUACUGGAACGUUCACAUCAUUGGGACCUAAUCACACUCAUUCUGGGGAUGGCCACGACAAGCUAAUGGGUUUCAUGAAUAGCACUUUUCCUUUAGCUGUUUACGGCUUGCAAGAUGCCUUUAGUGGAUACAUUUUGUAUCUGAAAUUAUGGACCACAAACUCUGACCCUAAGCUUAUUGGUCGUUGGUACAUGGAUCAUCUGUACAAAACAAAAGUGAUCAGUAAAUAUCUGAGGCUGGAUAAAGGAACUGAGACAGGGCACAUGGCUACUAUUCACGCUUUUUUAAGGCAAGAGCAAGAUGAGGAGGCAGAUACAGUUUUUUAUGGUCCUUCAACAAAUAACAAG